CUGAGUCACCACGGCUGAUGGAGGAGCAGCUUGGCGUCGAGGACGUCCCCCCAGCAGAGGGGGCAAUCGAAGCUGCUGCACCGGGAGCAGCGGAAAAGGACGCUUCCACGCUCGACCAACAGAGGGCGUCGCUAUGCAAUUCCGACUCCUCCCCUGCUCUCGCGGCCACGCCCACUCCAGCAGUGCCUGACAGCCACUUCACGGAUGAGACUGUGCGUGUGGGCGGGGGUGAAGUGGGCCCGACAGGCGAGACGGAGCCGCACACUGAUGCAGGACCAGAGGGUCUCCGUGGAGACCAGCUGACUGACAGCUCCUCGCAAGAGGGGGCAGUUCCCGUGACACCUCCCUUGGAGAGUCUACCUCAUGAGACAGGCCCACAGAUAGAGGUGGGGGACUCCAUGGACGUGGGGCUGCCGGGGGCGGGGCAAGGUGUGACGGAGAAGGGGGACACGCCUACCGCCGGAGCCGAGGACAGCGGUGGGGCGGAGGAAGGGCGAGGCCCUUCAGUGGGCGGGUAUAUGAGCCAGUUGUACGCUGAAAGGCUGGAAAUGGGCUUGGGGGAGGAAAUUGAGAAAGACAGAAAGAAAGCUGUCGGCGCAAAUGGCCCAGAGGAGUUCAGAGAAGGCGAGGAGGAAGCUGGCCUGGAUGACCUGGCCAGACGCAUACAGGUGGAGGAGAUCACUCCUGCCGCAGGCCUGGUCUCUAUCCUGAAGAGGCGGUCUUCAUUGGAGGGAGCCCCGCCCCGACCCCCAGCUCCACCCAAACAGGUCCCCAAACGCAAAGUACGCUUCAGGGAGCCGGAAGAGGCCGUGGAUCACGAUGAAGUGGGCGGAGACUCCUGGCUCCUCCUCCUCCUGCUCUGCUUGGCCACCGUGGUGAUCAGUGUGGGCGGGACCGCGCUCUACUGCACCCUGGGCAACGCCCAGUCCAGCGUGUGCACCGACUUCUCCCGCAACGUGGACUUCUACUUCAGCCAGGUGCAGCGUGGGAUAGAGGAGCUCCGGCAGUGGCUGUCCCCGGGCUCGUAGCAGUGCGGCGGACACCUCAGAGGGAGGAGGGAUUCUACUUUUUGGUAGCACCUGCCCCGCCCCUUUUUUCCUCCUGCCAGCCUUGUGUCUGCUACCCUCCCUUGGACAACACCCGUUCUGUGGGGGCAUGUGUGGGUCCGUGUGUGUGUGGGUGUGUGUGCGUGUGUGUGUGUGUUUGUUCAUACAGAGCAGCUGUAAGAAUCCACUGAACGCAGCCUUUGCCGGACUGUGGCCUGUCUGAAUUCAUAAGCUCACCAAGCUGCUCAUCGAUCGACCUGCGUCUCGGACAGCACCUGAACCCGAGACGCCACCUUCCUCCUCCUCCCUCCCUCUGAGGGAAGACAGUGGCCCAUGUGACCAUGGACCCGCCAUGAGGAGGAAAAAAAAACCUCUGUUUUUAAAAAGGAAGUUCAGUUCACCAUUUACUGCCAUUGUCAUGGAACAUAAUCACAGACCUCAUCGCAACCACAGAAGCUGCAUUCUGCAGGUUGUGGUUUCAGGUGGGGAAAGAAGAAAAAAGUCUUAAUCUUGUAAAUGAUGAACACUUAUUUAAUUAAUAUGCCUGUACUUUUUUGCCCUCUUCUUUUCAGAGGGUGACUAUUGUAAUGAAAUAUUUUAUGGUCUUAAGGAAGUGAUAAGUAGCCUUGGAAGUAGCAUCGACUCGUCACUUAUCAUGUUAUGAAAAUCCACAACAGGGACAGGGAAGCAAUAUGUAAGUUAAAAGAGUCUGAGGUUCAGGAGUAUGGACAGCGUCUGACAGAAGGCACUUAUGCCUCAGUCGUGCACCUGUUCAUGUAAGAUUGUGGAUUGUGGCUAACAUUAUUUUAAUCACUGUCAUUGUUUCUCUGUCGCUCUAA